AUGGCCGCGAGAAAUCAACAGCAAGAGCAAAGAGAAGUAAAUGAAGGGGACUUGCCAGUGUCUAUUUUUUUGACGCCUAUAGCAGCACCCGCGCGGUCCAGCAUAGUAUAUCCAGAAUUUGGGGUAAACAACUUUCAGAUACGGGCUGAUUGGACUAAUUUGAUGAGCAACACUCUGCAAUUCUAUGGGUUACCUCAUGAGAAUCCAAACACGCAUAUCUCAAGGUUUCUCCGGAAUUGUCAGAAUUGUCAUGCUCCCAGGGUUAAUGAGGAUGCCAUCAAGCUGCGAUUAUUCCCUUAUACACUAAGAGAUGCAGCAUUGGAAUGGCUGGAUGCCGAACCGGAUAGAAGCAUUACCACAUGGGAGGAACUGACCAGGAAAUUCUGCAAUAAGUUCUUUCCACCAGCUAAGGCAGCAAAAAUUAGACUGGAAAUUCAAACUUUUCAACAGAGAGAUGGGGAGAGCUAUCAUGAAGCAUGGAACAGAUUUAAGGAGUUGAUGAGGAAGUGUCCGAAUCAUGGGAUCACUAUUGGAAAUCAAGUGCAGUAUUUCUACAUGGGACUUUCAUCAUUAUCCAAAUCUCAAGUGGAUUCCUCUGCAGGCGGAUCGAUCAUAGGGAAAUCAGAGCAACAAUGUAUGGAUCUCUUUGAGUUGAUUGCUACUACUCAUUCCAUGUUUUCAUCAGAAAGAGUGUCACAAACAAAAGGAGCACAUGCAGUGAUAGCCGGUCCAUCAUGUGAGAAUUGCGGAGCUAAUCAUCUAACAGAAAAUUGCACAUCUUUAGGCUUUCCAGAGGAACAAAUCAACUUCAUUCAAAAUGGCUCUCGAAAUUUUAAUCCCUUUUCACAGACAUUUAACCCAGGAUGGAGACAACACCCAAACUUCAGAUGGUCGGAUAAUCAGCAAGGGAGCAGUUCGAACAAUAACCAGCCAGAGAAAAGACCAAAUUUGGGAGAGAUGUUCAACCAGUACAUGCAGAAGACAGAUAAGGUAUUCCAACAGAUUGACACUAACUUUCAGAAUCAGCAAGCAUCUAUUAAGAAGCUGGAAACUCAAAUUGGUCAGAUAGCUCAAUAG